GCCUUGAAUUGUGGGAGCAAAAAACCCUAACGACGACAACAGAAAAACUAUACUGUUACAGUUCGCAGGUAUCUGCUCGUUUUCUGUCCACCUCCAGGCUUCCCUGCGCAACACAGAUGGAGAAUGUUCACCUGGCUGUAGAGGACGAUGACCUUUAUUCGGGUUACAACGACUAUAACCCCACGUUUGACUCCGAGGAGCUGGAGAACGAUGUGGGCUUCCAGCAGGCUGUCAGGACCAGUCAUGGAAGGAGACCUCCGAUGACUGCAAAGUUUCCCGGCACCGCCAUUGGAGGUCGACCUUUAGCAUCAUCCUUUGGUUCCCGCAUCCCCUUGGCUUCAUCCAUGGGCAGACCCAUGACCGGAGCUGUGCAGGAUGGCACCGCUCGCCCCAUGACUGCUAUCAGAGCUGCGGGUUACUCAUCCUCACUGACGCGUGGCUCCACCUUUGACCCUCUGGGCCAGUCCAGGGGACCCGCGCCUCCACUUGAAGCGAGGAGUGAAGACACGGUGGAAGAAAAGAUGAAGAUCCUGGAGAAGAAAGUGAAUGACCUGAUAGAGGAGAGCUGCAUGGCGCAGAGCAUGGGCGCCCUACAGCUGGCUCUUGAAAAAGCAAAAGAGGCGGGGAGGAAGGAACGGGCGCUGAUCAAACAGAGGGAACAGUCUGGCAACACAGAACACAUCAACUUAGACCUCUCCUACUCCGUUUUGCUCAACCUUGCCGACCAGUAUGCAAACAAUGAAAUGUACCCGGAGGCUCUGAACAGCUACCAGGUCAUUGUGAAAAACAAGACGUUCAGUAACACAGGCUGCCUCAAAGUCAACAUGGCCAACAUCUACUUCAAACAGAAGAAUUACCCCAAAGCUCUCAAAUUCUACCGCAUGGCGCUGGAUCAGAUCUCCAACGCUCAUAAGGAAAUGAGGAUCAAGAUCAUGCAGAACAUCGGGGUGGUGUUCGUCCGCUUGGGCCAGUACUCGGACGCCAUAACGUCCUACGAGCAAAUCAUGAGUGAGAGUCCCAACAUAAAGACUGGCUUCAACCUCAUCCUGUGCUACUAUGCCGUCGGAGACAGAGAGAGGAUGAAGAAGGCCUUUCAGAAGCUCAUCUCUGUUCCGCUGGGCAUUGAUGAUGACGAGAAGUACAUCUCAACAAGCGACGACCCCAGUUCAAACAUGGUCAUUGAGGCUAUUAAAAACGACAAGCUUCACCAGAUGGAAAGGGAUCUGAAAGUGCUGGCAGAGAAGUACAUCAUGACUGCAGCCAAGCUCAUUGCUCCAGCUAUUGAGACUUCCUUUGCCAGUGGCUUUGACUGGUGCGUCGACAUGGUGAAGAGCUCUAAGUAUGUUGAGCUUGCCAAUGAUCUGGAGAUCAAUAAGGCCAUCACAUACCUCAGACAGAAGGACUUUAACCAGGUUGAGGCGGUGGAGACGCUGAAAACAUUUGAGAAGAAGGACAGCAGAGUGAAAAGUGCGGCGGCAACCAACCUUUCUUUCUUUUAUUUCUUGGAGAAGGACUAUGACCAGGCUGACCGAUACGCUGACCUCGCUACGAGCGCUGAUCGUUACAAUCCCGCCGCCCUUAUCAACAAGGGCAACACGGUGUUUGUGAGAAAGGACUAUGAAAAGGCUGCUGAGUUCUACAAAGAGGCACUGAGGAAUGACUCGUCGUGCACCGAGGCCCUCUAUAACCUGGGUCUGACCUAUAAGAGACUGAGCAGACUGGAGGAGGCCUUAGACUGCUUCCUGAAGCUUCAUGCCAUUCUGAGGAACAGCGCGCAGGUCAUGUACCAGCUGGCUCACCUCUAUGAGCAGCUCGGAGAUCCUCAACAGGCAAUAGAGUGGCUGAUGCAGGUCAUCAGCGUCAUUCCCACGGAUCCACACGCUCUGGCCAAACUGGGAAAGCUGCAUGACGACGAGGGGGACAAGUCCCAGGCUUUCCAGUACUACAGUGAGUCUUUCAGGUACUUUCCCUCCAACAUCGAUGUGAUCGAGUGGCUCGGGGCGUACUACAUCGAGGCCCAGUUCUGUGAGAUGGCCAUCCAGUACUUUGAACGAGCUACUCUCAUACAGCCAACCCAGGUGAAGUGGCAGCUAAUAGUCGCAAGCUGUUACAGAAGAAGCGGAAACUACCAGAAAGCUCUGGAAACCUAUAAAGAGAUCCACCGGAGGUUUCCAGAAAACGUGGAGUGCCUGCGCUUCCUGGUGAGGCUCUCAACAGACAUGGGACUAAAGGAGGUCCAAGAAUAUGCCACCAAGCUGAAGAAGGUGGAGAAGAUGAAGGAGAUCAGAGAGCAGAGGGUGAAGUCGGGCCGAGAGAACAGCGCCAGAGGCCGCAGGGAGGGCAGCACAGGGAGUGCAGCCGUCGCCUCCACAUCCGUCCUCCCUCCUAAGAGGUCCGGCGUGUCCAGCGUCACGGAUAAUGCCAAAGCAGAAUCUCAGCCUGAACCCAAACAGUUCAGUCCACUGCGGGACCCAGAGGGAGACAGCGGCCGCAGCAGCAGCAGCUCUAAAGGAGAGCGUCUGAGCGCCAAGAUGAGGUCACUUCCUGCUUCCAAUGAGCCCUACGAAGCCAGCAGCCCAAAGGAACUUGAUGCAUCAUACGUGGACCCGCUGGGGCCUCAGAUGGAGAGACCAAAGACGGGGGCCAAGAAGCUGGUGGAUGAUGAUGACUUUGCAGAUGAAGACCUGGGAGAUGACCUGCUGCCAGAGUAGAUGGGUCGGCAGCUUUGUGAAAUCAGAACCAUUCCAACUGAGCUCUUUACAAAGCUCAUAGUCAUAGAUCUGAACCAAAAAGUGAAAAUACCAUUAAUACAACAUAGCUUUCUCAGAGAUGGAAAAUGUCUCAGCAGAGUGGAGAAAGUACCUAAUUCAUCUUCUUUUGACUCAGAUGAAUUCAUCUUCUACUAUUUCAGAAUUAUUUAUUUUUUAGUCUCUUGGGUCAUUUUGUAAUAAAAUGUUUUUGCGGCUCAGGA